AUGAAUUUAUUCUCUUUUCCUACCUGGAAUUUUUUAUUGCACAUUUUUAUGAACGCCCUCAACUGUUGCAAAACGCAUUUUGUAGCUAGCAAACUUUAUCCAAUUAACAACAUAUUAAUAACAAACGUACAGGGUAGGGAGAAGGAAAUGAAAAAUGGUGAUGAGGAGAGCACCGGCACUGACAUAAGGAGUGGUAAAAAUGGUCUUCACAAAAACGAUGGGACGAAAGAAAAGAUAAAUGAUAACGAGAAGGAAUGCCUGAUAAACUCAGAAUUGCUAAAAAAUAUAAAAGAAAACGAAAAUGGAGAUGAUGUGGGUACCCCGUCCAGUGAAACAGAAAAGGAAAAUUUCAAUUUCUUGGAACAUUUCACAUCGGAAGAUGACAACUCCUUAGUUAGUAAUUUAAAAGCAGAAGAAAGUAAAAAACUUAUAGAUAGCGAUUAUUUUAAAAAGAUGAUGGAAGAUUUGAACUUAAAAGAGGAAGAAAUUAUGAAGCUCCUUAAAAGAAGCGAAAAAAAUGUUUCCAACUUGAUUAAUAAAAAUUUAUCUCUGGAACAGAUUGAAAAAAAUGCGAAAAAUGAAGAGGCACAAAAUGAAGAGCUCUUUGAUACCUACAUGAAUAGCAACAGCUCCAAAGUUGGGAACUUUAUUAACUUUAAAAAAAUUGGGAAAAAAUAUAAAGAAGUUAUUUCCCAUGUUAUAGCCAUUUUUUUGAGCAAAGGAAAAAAAUUUACCGAAAUGAUCAAACUGAUAGAAGAAGACAAAAAUGAAAUUAAUAUGUGUACUUCUCUUUUGGAAGAAAAUGUUCUUUUUAACAAUUUAAGUAAAGAUGUCCUAAUCGAAAUUGUUAAGAAGUCCAUUUUACUUGGACACUUGAAUGAAAAGUUUUCAAACGAUGCAGAAAAUUUUGAGUGGAGCAAACAGAUCGAAAGCUGCAUUAUGCAGUCAGUAUGUAAUCAUAAUUUUAAAAUAAAACUUAUUACGUACUCGAAUAAUAGCAUUAGUGUGACUGUGGUCAGCUCCAAAAGUGUGCAUAUAGAUUCGGAUGAGUACGACGAGAUUGAGGGUUCCAUAAAGAAUGCCCUGGAGGAGUAUGAACGGGCUAAUGGCCUGGACAUUUUCUCCUCCUUCAACAUCCUCGUGCACUUUAGUUGA